CACCACCGCUCGGAGCGAAACCCCAUUUUUUGCGGUUCUCGAGAAACCGCGGGAAAAAAAAAUCUCCCUCGCUAAUGGCAGCGAUCCUGCCUUUCGCUCCCACCACUCCCCGCCGCAGCUCCGGCCACAAAUUCGCCUCUCCAUUCCCGGCGAGCCACCCCAGGAUCGAGAGGUUGCGAUGCUUCGGAGAGAAUCCGACCCGCGGCUCGUCCGCGGAAGCCAAGCCCGAGCCCGAGCCCGAACCCGAGAACCCGCUGCUCAAGGCGGCAUGGUACGGCUCCGAGCUCCUCGGCAUCGCCGCCUCGCUCUUCCGGCCGCCGGCGAGCGCCGAGGCUCCGGCGAGGGAGUUCGGGCUCGCCGGGGAUGGAGCGGGAGCUUUUGACCGGAGCGCGGUGGUUGAGACCAUCAAGGAGGACUACCAGAGGUCCUACUUCGUCACAGGAAACCUAACGCUCCAUGCUUAUGAAGAGGAUUGCGAAUUUGCUGAUCCAGCUGGUUCCUUCAGAGGGCUUCGUCGCUUCAAAAGGAAUUGUACCAAUUUUGGUUCGCUUAUUGAGAAAUCAAAUAUGAAGCUUAUGAAGUGGGAAGAUUUCGAGGACAAGGGAGUUGGACACUGGCGCUUUAGUUGCAUCUUGUCCUUCCCUUGGAGGCCCAUUCUCUCUGCAACUGGAUACACAGAAUACUUUUACAAUGCGCAGUCUGGAAAAGUAUGCAGACAUGUGGAGCACUGGAAGGUUCCCAAAAUGGUGCUAUUGAAGCAAAUUUUUAAGCCUAGCCGAUGGGCAUGGGAAAAGAAAUCAGAAAUCAAGCCCUGAAGUAGUUCAUACUUCAUGUCUUUCACUAGACUCGGGGAAAGACAGAAGUCAGUGCGAGGAUGUUUGGACUUGGGAUGGGUUGAAGCCAUCCUCUCCAAUAUGAUAGUAAGUUGACUUGUUUCUACUAGUUGGUGAAUGAUGUAUUUUAGUGUGUCAGGCUGUGCGCUGUGCAGGCUGAUGUGUCAACCGAUGGAGCAGUUGAGUUUGGAUAUGAACCACCCUAAAAGCUUCAUGUCAUCCAAUAAUUGAUGCUGUCAAAGUAGUCAAGUUCUAACGUUCAGGUCUUUUCUUGCGCUUCCUUGCACGUACAUUCGACUGAGAUUUCUCAGCCCCUAUGGAGGUUGGUAUCUUCAAGAAAGCCACAUUCUCUGGUCGAUUGCUUUGUACCAAAUAAGGCCAGCUCCAUUCACUCGUUGUAUCUUGCGGAUCUCAAUUCUCCAAUGGCCGAUUCUCUUCUUCCUCAACCGGAAAUGAAAAACGGUGAGGAUUAUCGAAGGCACA